AGUACAGAGCGCGCGCGGAAACAAGUUGAGUGUAUUCGAUUCCCGAUAUUAUUUAUUUCGGUGUUCUCGAGCGAUAGACGACGCUGGGUGAGCUUCCUGCCGGCUCUCGACUGGGGUUCAGAACAGAUUUUCUCGGCAGUCGGGACGGAUGUAUAAUUGUUACAAGUAUCUAAUGCUCUGGAACGAACGCGUCACGUCACGGGUCGCUGAGUUGUGCGAAUUUGUUUUGCGUGCUUUCGUGUGAAUUUUGAUUAGUAUCGUGAUGAGCGCCGUGAACCAGAACGACAUUAGAACAAAUGAUUGUAUAACAGCACGAAUCGAUUAAAGUGUGGCUUUUGUAGCGAAUAGUGAGAAGUGUGUUUACUGUUGUAUAUUGAGAACUUUAAUUGCGGGUGUAUCAUGGAGUCGUUUGAGUUGACUGAGGUGGAAAAAGCGGCUAAAUCCUUAUUUGCUAAAAUCGUUGUGGAAGGAUCUUCGGUACCAUGCGACAUAGGCAGUGGUAUCAACUUGGAACAGAAACUUCCCCAAUGGUUUGACGAUGCUAAAUUCAAAAGAGGACAGAAGUACUUUCUCGACAACCGAUUCGGUAUGAUGCAGGCCACCUACUGUGGACUAGUUUCGUUGCUGUGUGAUCCGAAGGGUUUGACGAUUCUGCACAACACCGGGCGGUCAAGUACGCCGGAGACGGCUCGCAAACGAUACAUAUCAACCACCGUCCAUAUGCUGUCUUGGUAUGAAAUCGAUUUGUCGCCUGGUUCCAAAUCGUGGGCUUCUCUCCACCGAGUUCGCAAAAUGCACCUGAAUGCUUCGAAGCAGUCACAGCAGAAGGACAUCGGGUUCAUCACUCAAACCGAAGUAUCUCUCACCGUGUUUGGAUUCUUGGGAUAUGCGUUAAUACGUCCACAUCUGCUUGGUAUCCGGUACGAUAACGACGAUGAUCGGGAGGCGUUUGUACACGUGUGGGCUGUGGUCGCCGCCAUGUUGGGUGUUCACGAUCGGUUCAACAUUUGCCUGCCCAAGUUGGCAGUGGUGGAGAUGAUUUGUAAAAUGUGUCAAAGGUACAUAUUCAUACCGCUGCUACAGAUUGAGACGACGCUGUUCAAAUCUAUGGUUCAGGCCGUAGUUGAUGGAUUGAGUGAAUUUACGCCAUUCAAUUCUUAUCAGAGUCUUAUGUACUUUGUUAGACGUGUCGCCGGAAUUCCGGGAUAUCAACAUAACGUAGAUAAGGAAAAGGAAACUAUUUGCCGGAGAAUUUUCAGUAAGGAGGAAAUGUACAACAUGAAAAAGGUUUUUGAAGGCAAACCUGGGUACGAGUAUAUGGAUCAAUCUGUUAUUGAUGAUAGAAUUCUUUUGUUCAACGUGAAGCAGAUCGGUGAAUCAAUUGAUUUGAGCGAAAAUUCGCUAAAUAACAAUUCAGUGAGCGGCGUUUAUAACAAGUUGAAGGAUUAUCAGAACGGUAAGAAUAGUAUGUUGGAGCUUUUAGGACUCAAGCAUAAUGAAGAAUUGGUAAUUGAAGCUGUGGACAAUGAAGAUGAUUGGGCUUCAUGCUUGAAUGAUUCAAAGCUAAAGCUGUUGUCUGAUAGAGAUCUAAGGUAUUUUAAGUUCAAAUGCAGACUUAUGGAAAACAAUUACACACGGAUUGGAAAUUUUAUCAACGAAUCUAUGCUUAGCUGGAUGCUCCACCGUAUUAAAAAAGCUUAUAACAGUGAAAGAGCUGGGUAAUAAAGUUAUGUGAUAUAUAGACAGGGAUAGAAUAAACUAUGAGUUACGAUUAUGUGGGUUCAAAAUUCAUAUUUGGUCGAAUAUGUGAUAUUUCUUACAAGCAAUAAAUGAACAUCUUUUUUAAAA